AUGCGAGAGAAAGAAUCUGCUUUGUUGCUCCACCCUGGAGCGCUCCUUACAGGAUUCACCAUAGCAGCUAUGCCAAUGCAAGUUCGCGCGCACUAUUCAACAGAAGCCCAAGCCAUGACGACGUUGAUAUUGAUUGCAAUCCUGCUUCCCUCCACUGUGGUAUCGAUAGCUGUAUGGAACAUGAGGGAAACAUGUGGAUUUCGUGGACCUGCCAUCGUGUAUCCUGGAAUGGGGCUUAAUGCUUAUGUUCAAAAAAUGAUCGAAGAUUAUCUAAACAAACAUAUGGGUCAACGUGACGGCGCCGCAAUAACGCUAGUGUACCCCAACAUUCAAAACCCGCGAGGUUACGAUACUUCCUCAGACUUGACAACCAUCAUGGACAACUGCAGGACUUGA